AUGGCGGGCGGCCCGGCGAUGGCCCCGGCGGCCGCGUGGUGGCCAGGCGCGGGGGCGGGGGCGGGGGCGCAGGAGCAGGAGGAGAUGCGGUGGCGGCAGCUGGACGGCGGCGUCAGCGCCGUCUCCUUCGGCUUCGUCGCCACGGCCAUGCUCGUCUCCAUGUUCCUCGCCAUGGCCGUGCUCGAGCACUUCCUCCGCGCCCCGCCCAUGGGCCCGCCGGAGCCCUCGCCGCCCCGUGGACCAAGAGGGGUCCUCCUCCGCUUCCUCCGCCGCGGCCGCGGCGGACGCGGACCCCCCGGCGCGGAUCUCGAGGCGGCCAGGAAGCUCGACGCCGGAUGCGCGUCCCCCGAGAUGCCCGUGUAUUCCAAAGGCGUAUCUGUCCUGAUGCCAGGACAGGACGUGCCGACGUUCAUCGCGCACCCCGCGCCUGCGCCCUGCCCCCCAGAGAGGGUCCGAUGGCCGUUGCACCAGCCCGCUCCUUUCGCCAGUUCCUCGUCGAAUCCGUGCUAG